AAACUGCGCACUUCUCGAGAUUCCUCUUCCUCUUACAUGGUGUUUCACCACGGUUUGUGCCUGAGUUCCAUAAAGAACAAAGUCUUCAGGCUCUAGAUUGCAGUAACGGCGGCAAAUCGCAAGGGGGGCGGCUGCGGUCACGUAGUCACUGGUCCUGUGCAAGAGCGGUUGAGCAACCCCCGCAAAGCGCAGCCGUCGGAGUUUCGAACAAAUGUACUACCUGUUUCGCUCUCUCGAGUCUUGAACCAUUACGGAGCUCGACAUCACACGGGUCCUCACAGCCUCAUUUUCACAGCUCUCCCGAAAACUCGUGCUCGGUCGUCCGGUCCGCUAUCCAACCGUCCGUGUCUUCACGCCAGUUUCUGAAACGAGGCGUUUCGCUCCCGUUCCCUUAUCCGUUGUGUUCUAAAUACACUAUUUCCACUACGCCUGACGGCGCUGUGAAUGUCGCUACUCGUUGUGUGCACUGUCUUACAACGUGUAAAUACUCCAUUCACUAGUGCCGCGGGUGUGUCAUCGAGACCGGAUUUCCUGCGUUCUUCUGUUCCGAAGUUUUUUCGCACCCGUACUCUUGACGUUCUUCAUGGACUUUGUUGUCGAGUUUCCAGUUGGGAGUUUCGGUCUUGAAAUUCACCACCUGAGUUUUUCGGGGGGCGGAAUGUAGAGUCUGCCCCGCCCCGGUCGUGCACACUGCCCGACAAGCGACUGGUUGCCAUGUAGAGAAAACAAGACUCCGCCACUGUGCGUUUGCUGAACCGUCUUGUGUCGCAGUUUUCGUCUGUUCGUCUGGCUUUCUUCUUCCAAUCCUCCUUUCGACGGAGAACUGCAGCUCAAACAAGAGGGCUUGCAGAACCUUCGUUCCGAGUUUGGGAUCGCUGAAGACUCUGGUCUCAUCGGUUCCGUCGACAUGCACGGGGGGGUGCAGGGAAACGAGCGUUUCCGUGAUCGUCAGUUCUUCCUGCUCCGGAGUAAAACCAGCGAAGCGUCACAAGGCGGCGGAAAGCGAUUCUCUCUCGACGUUCCCCUGUUCGAAAACAAGGAAGCCGAGCUGGCGCCUCCUCCGCCGGCCAUGGUCUAGAUGUCGUGGGCGUUCUCCAGGUCACACCGAACCUAACGCCGGCACUAUGUCUUCUUCAGAAGACGAGGAGUUCCAGAACUCCUCCCCCUCACUCUCUCCUGCUCAUUCGCGACCGGAGAAGGGCAAGAAGAGCGGAGGAGGGAAGCCGAAAACGAUUGAACAGCGAUAUCAGAAGAAGUCGCAGCUGGAGCACAUUCUUCUGAGACCUGACACAUACAUUGGCAGUACGGAGGUUCAUACUCAGGCGUUAUGGGUGAUGGAAGAAGGACAAGAAACGAUGGUCUACAAGACCAUCAACUACGUCCCUGGUCUCUACAAGAUCGUCGAUGAAAUCCUCGUAAACGCUGCGGACGUGAAGGCUCGCGAAGGCGAAGAGCAGAAAGGAAAGCCGCUGAAGCCAGGCGCACGGCGCAUGUCGGCAAUCAAAAUCGACAUCAACAAAGCAUCGGGUCGCAUCACGAUUUGGAAUGACGGUGAAGGCAUUCCCGUCGCGAUCCACCAGGAACACAAGGUGUACGUACCGGAAAUGAUUUUCGGGCAACUGCUGACGAGUGACAACUACGACGACAGCGAGUGUCGAGUCACCGGCGGUCGCAACGGAUACGGCGCGAAGUUAACGAACAUUUUCAGUCGCGAAUUUACUGUGGAAUGCGCAGACGGCGAGCGGAAAAAGAAGUUCAAGAUGACCUGGACGAAAAACAUGGAACAGAAGAGCGAAUCAGAAAUCUCCUCCUACAAUGGCACGGACUACGUGAAGAUUUCGUUCAUUCCCGACUUCGCAAAAUUCGGCAUGACCGGAUUCGACGACGACUCGCUGAGUCUGCUGAGAAAGCGCGCGUACGACUUGGCAGGGACGUCGGGGGUGAAAGUUUUUCUGAACGGAACGCGAAUCGACAUCAACUCCUUCAGCCAGUACGUGGACUUGUAUCUGGGUGGGCGGAAGAGCGAGAAGCCGAGCAAGGAGAAAGAGGAGUUCGACGAAUCAGACGACGACUGGGACGAGGGACCGAAGCGAAAGAAGGCCGCCAAGAAGAACGGAAAGAAGGGAGAGCUCGAAGACGAGGAAGAUGUCGCAAACGGCGUGGAAAAGAAAGUCAUCAAGAUCCACGACAAGCAGUGGAGGUGGGAAGUCGUCAUUUCCUCGACAGACGGCGGACAAUUUCAACAAGUCUCUUUCGUCAACAGCAUCUGCACAACAAAGGGAGGGACCCAUGUCUCGCAUGUCAUCGAACCUUUGCUUGCGGCGAUUGUGAAGAAGGCGAACACUAAAAACAAAGGCGGAAUGGAAAUCAAAGCUGCUCAUGUCAAGCAGCACCUGUGGAUUUUCGUCUCCUGUCUGAUCGUGAAUCCUGCGUUCGACUCGCAAACGAAGGAGACGCUGACGACGAAGCCUGCCAAGUUCGGAAGCAAGUGCACUCUCGCCGACAAGACCAUUGGACAAGUUGUGAAGUCUUCGAUCGUGGAGAAUGUCGUUCUGUGGGCUCAGACCAAACAACAAGUGGAGCUGAGGAAACAGAUGAAGGUCGGCAAGACAAAGGGCCGAGAGCGCCUCGCGGGAAUCCCCAAAUUGGAAGAUGCAAACGACGCCGGAGGUCGACACUCGCAAGAUUGCACGCUGAUUCUCACUGAAGGAGACAGCGCGAAAACGUCUUGUCUGGCUGGACUUUCUGUUGUUGGCAGAGACCGCUACGGAGUCUUCCCACUCAGGGGCAAACUGUUGAACGUGCGAGAUGCGUCUUUCAAGCAGUUGACGGAGAACAAAGAAAUCCAGAAUAUCUUGAAGAUUGUCGGACUUCAAGUGAACGACAGAACGGAGGACACCCGCGGACUACGCUACGGCUCUGUGAUGAUCAUGACCGAUCAGGAUCACGAUGGAUCACAUAUCAAAGGCUUGCUCAUCAACAUGAUGCAUCACUACUGGCCUCAGCUGCUCAAGUGUCGGGGCUUCCUCAAGGCCUUCUCGACUCCCAUCGUCAAAGUCUCCAAGAACAAUGUCGAGAAGGCCUUCUACACCAUCCCGGAGUAUGAGCAGUGGAAGCGCUCCUGCAACACAACAGGGUGGAAAAUCAAGUACUACAAGGGUCUCGGAACUUCGACGGAUCGCGAAUUCAAGGAGUAUUUCAACGACCUCGACAAGCACCAGAUCGACUUUGUCUGGUCAGGGCAACACGAUGGAGAACUGAUUGACAUGGCGUUCAACAAGAAACGAGCCGAAGACCGGAAGCGGUGGCUGCAGAGCUACCAAGAAGGCACAUUCGUCGACCACAAUGCCAGCAGCUUGUCUUACUCAGACUUCGUCAACAAAGAGUUGAUUCUCUUCUCCCGAUACGACACAGAACGCUCCAUUCCUCAACUGGUGGACGGCUGGAAGCCUGGCCAGCGAAAAGUUCUGUUUGCGUGCAUUAAGAAGAACAUGAAACACGAACUUAAGGUUGCUCAGCUCGCAGGGUAUGUCUCAGAAGUCAGCGCGUACCACCACGGAGAAGCGAGUCUUCAACAGACCAUUGUGACGAUGGCACAACGCUUCGUCGGCAGCAACAACCUCAAUUUCUUGGAACCUGUUGGUCAGUUCGGCUCGAGGAAAGAAGGUGGAAAAGAUGCUUCUGCUGCGCGUUACAUUUUCACUCGCCUCGCCUUCUACACGCGCUUGGUGUUCCACGAAGCCGACGAUCCCAUCCUCGAGUACGAGUAUGAAGAGGGGCAGCGGAUCGAACCGAAGAUGUAUGUGCCAGUCAUCCCCACCGUCCUCAUCAACGGGAGCGAAGGAAUUGGAACUGGCUGGUCGUCCUUUGUGCCGAAUUACAAUCCGAGAGACGUGAUCGAGAACCUGAGAAGGUAUAUUGACGGCGAGGAGAUGCAGAGAAUGACUCCCUGGUACCGGGGCUUCCGAGGCAGGAUCGAAGAGAACGCCGCGGGAACAGGAUUCGAGACGAUUGGCCUCGUACGCAGGUGUGGUGAAGACACUUACGAAAUCACAGAACUCCCCAUCAAACGGUGGACGCAGGACUACAAAGAAUGGCUGGAAGAGAACUUGCCGACGGCGGAGAAGCGCGACACUUUGAUUGCGGAUUAUCGAGACUGCAGCUCCCAUGAGGAAAUCCACUUCACCGUGAAAGUUGGGGAAGAGCGCGUGGAGAGACCAGAGCGAGAAGGCCUCGAAAAAUAUUUCAAACUCAAAUCGUCACUCAGCAUCACGAAUCUCACUCUCUUCGACCCCCAUGGAAGAGUGCAACGCUAUGCGAACGAACUGGAAAUCAUCAAAGAAUUCGCUCCCAUCCGUCUCGAAUUCUACCACAGAAGAAAGGCGUACUGUCUGGCGAUGUUGGAGAAAGCUCGGAGGAUUCUUAGCAACCGUCUGCGCUUCAUUCUCGCUGUCGUCAACGGCGAACUCAUCAUCAACAACAAGCGGAAGAAAGCUCUCAUCGAGGAAUUGUUUUCUCAGGGAUACGAUCCGAUGAAGGAAAUCGAGGACGCUGCGAAUGCCGGUAUUCGGGCGGCUCUCAAAAGAGACGUGACUGUCGACGACGAAGCUCUGGCGGAAGGAGGCGAGGAAGAAGAAGAAAUCGUUGCAGGUUGCACAGCGAAGCACUACGACUAUCUGCUGGGGAUGCCGAUGUGGAGUUUGACUCUGGAGAAGGUGGAAGAUUUGCGGGGAGAAAUGCGCCAAAAGGAACUGGAAUUGGAAGAGCUCAGACAUACGUCGGUGCAGACUCUCUGGAAGCGCGACCUCGACGCCCUCGUCGCCGCUCUCGACAAACAGGACGGAAUCGACGAGAUGCUUCUGCAGGAAGGCCGCAAGUUCCAGAAAAACGCCCGCGCCGGACAAGCCUUGUCACAGAAGCAGAAGCAGAGGAAAGCUGCUCCACAGAAAGGAAAGCAGGCAGCGAAGAAGAAGAAGCAGACCUCGUCUAGCGAGGAAAGCAUCUCGUCGGAGUCUUCCGAGGAAGAUAGCGACAGUGGCGCGAGUGGAGAAAGCGACGAAGAAGAAGAGAGCUAUACGCCUCCCAAGAAGGCGAAGACGACAGUCAGUCUUCCUACCGGGCGGCCAGCCAGCGGAAGCGCGACCAGCUGUACGAACACCCCGGCGUCGACCGAUCGCCGCUCCGCCCCUGCAGGCUCUUCUUCACUGUUCCAGGGUACCAGCAGCAAAAACCUGGACGGCGCGAAGAAGGGAGACGCAGAGACGACCCCGAACGUCAGCGUUGCUGCGAAGAAGGACGAAAAGGCAAACGCAGAAAGCUCUGGAGAUCGCCCCGAGAUUCCUCCUCCUGCGCCGGCGAUCGCCAGACCGCUCUCCCUGCUGGAAAGGCUGAAGAUGGGAGCCACUGGCAGCGCGUUGAGUUCGUCUUACUCGCAGAAGAAGCAGAUGACUUUGGAGGAGAUCUUUGGGUCGAAGAUCGCAAACAAAUCCGUCGAAAAAAAGAGCGACGCAGAGAAAGACGAGAAAAGCCGCGAGGAUGCAGGAGCGUCGGAGGCGCGCACAGGCGCGGAGAGGAGGGACGCCUCACGCGCAGAGACAUCUCUCUUUCUCCUCUCUGACGAAGAGUCGAACUCAAAAAAGAAACCUACUUCUUCCUCUUCCUCCUGUUCCUCUUCUUCUGUCUCUGCUUCCUCGUCUUCCAGAGGCGAGAGUGAGAGCAGAAGUCGCGUGUCUAGCCAGAGCGGGCAGCGGAGACGGAAACCGCUUGUUCUCUCUUCCGAUGACGAAAGCGAGGAGGAACUCGAGACGACAUCGAGGAAGAGAAAGGCGCAUUCUUCGCUGGAGUCGACCCCCACGACGAAGGCGAAAAAGGCCGUCAAGCAAACGACGCCGAAGAAGAAGAAAGCCAGCAGCGACGAGGAGGUCGUCAGUCUCGAUCGCGCGAGUAUCGCCACAGACCCGUCGCCAUGUUCUACUCGGCCGCAGAGACGGGCAGCUGCUGCUCCCAAGAAGUAUAAAAUUUCUGAUUCUGAAGACGACGAAGAGGACGAAAGUGCAGAAAGCUCGAUCCCGAGCGACGAUGACGACGACGACGACUAAAGGAGACACGAACAGACACACGCGACUCUCCGGCAAACAAGACGCGCAUGCAGUCGCACCCCAGAGGUGUAUAGACACCUCGUUCGAACCAGGCAACGGAAACAAAAACAGUCUGGUGCUGCAUCACGCAGUAAAGAAGUCGAUCUCGUUCGAAGUCGUGCGUUUCUGCGUAAACGCCCCUCUGCAUGCAUUCCUAGACAUCUACGUAUAUAGUGUAUGUGUCUAUUUGUAUAUGCCUCCAUAUGAGUAUAUUCGAGUGUACACACAUACAGGGCUUUCAAGUGUGACUCGAUUGUUGACAUGCUGGAGCGUAAAGGUUGCGUUUGUCCUUCGUCUAAUGCAGCAUUGUUUUUCAGAACUGAACUUCGUUGCAUGCGUGGGGUCUCGUGUUCGUGACAGCAAUGCAAGCGAAAAAAGUGAAGAGGAACGACAAGGUCUCCGUCGGAAAGGAAACAGGGAACGGAGAACGCAUGAACAAGAAGUUCCAGAGAAGAGAACGCUUCAUUUUUAGCUUCUCUUCCGGCGCCUUCUUUCAAGAGGAUAAAACUCGAAAUCGAUUUUUCACCAGUGUAUUUGUUUCCGUCUGUGCCCCCCUCUCUGCAUGCUGAGUUUACGUCUACACCCGUUUCUUGAUCUCUCGCUUUCUGUCGAUUCUAUCAACCGUCACACCUUAUCGGUUGACCCCAAAAGAUUGCUAUGUAUCCCUCUACACACAACCGUAACUCUUCAACGGAUCCCCUUGUCAC